UGAAACGGGCGUGAUAAGAUAAAGCGACGGACCGCCGCGAUUCAUUGGCCAAUGACAGAUGAUGAAUCCACCCCGCACUCAUCGUAGGGUUUCCCCACUACAACGACCACCAAAAAAACAGCUGCCGGCCGCUGAGACGCUCCGGUCAUCGGGGGGAUUGCAUUUUUUUUUGAGUCACGAACGACAUCCAGUCAGGCGAUACAGACUUGGGUUCACUCUCAUCUCAUUACUUUGCGACCGGACUCGCCCUCAUCUCAUCGAGGAGACACUCACUCAUAAGAUUGAACCGCCGAGGCUCACCGAAAUCCCUUCAAUUGCGACCACGGAAGACUGAACCACUCACUCAGCUCAUCUUACAGCCUCCCCCUCCCCCCGCCUCUCAGCCCACCACUCACACACACACACCCUCGGCACGACUUACACCGCCUGCCCGUCAUGUCCAAGGAGACAUUCGUGAUCAAGACGCCCUCGUCGUCCGCCAACAUCGGCCCGGGCUUCGACGUCAUCGGCCUCGCCCUCUCCGUCUACCUCGAGCUGCACGUCACCGUUGACCGCUCCAAGACGACCUCGGCCGAACCCCUGAACUGCCGCCUCACCUACGAGGGCCAAGGCGAGGGCACCGACGACAUCAGCCUCGACCCCUCGGUCAACCUCAUUACCCGCGUCGCCCUCUACGUCCUGCGCUGCCACGGCCAGCGCAUGUUCCCCGUCGAGACCCAUGUCCACAUCAAGAACCCCAUCCCCCUCGGCCGCGGCCUCGGCAGCUCCGGCUCCGCCGUCGUCGCCGGCGUCAUGCUCGGCAAGGAGGUCGGCCAUCUCGAUCACCUCAGCCUCGAUAGGCUCUUUGACUUUUGUCUGAUGAUUGAGAGACACCCCGACAACGUCGGCGCCUCGCUGUACGGCGGCUUCGUCGGCACCUACCUCCGCCCCCUGAAGCCCGAAGACGUCCAGCGCAUCGAGAUCCCCCUGAGCGAGGUCCUGCCGGCCCCGGCUGGCGGCGUCGACACGGGCGAGACCCCGCCCGAGCCGCCCCACGGCAUCGGCCACCACAUCAAGUUCCCCUGGGCCAAGGAGAUCAAGGCCAUCGCCAUCAUCCCCGACUUCCAAGUCCCCACCCACCUCGCCCGUGAGGUGCUACCGCCUCACUACACCCGUCCUGAUGUUACCUUCAACAUGCAGAGAAUAGCCCUCCUCCCCGUGGCUCUGGGCACCUCGCCGCCGGACCCGGAGCUCAUCCACCUCGCCAUGCAGGACAAGAUCCACCAGCCCUACCGCCAGACCCUAAUCCCCGGCCUCGGCCAGAUCGUCGAGAGCAUGUCGCCCAGCACGCAACCGGGCUUCCUCGGUGUGUGCCUCUCGGGCGCCGGCCCCACCAUCCUGGCCCUCGCGACGAGCAACUUUGACGAGAUCGCCGACAAGAUCAUCAAGAUCCUCAAGGAGAACAACGCCGACAAGAACGUCGGCUGCCAAUGGAAGAUCCUGGAGCCCGCCGAGGGCACGCAGGUCAUCCGAUGAAGGAGAGACUUGGGAGAUGGGUUUGAUCAGUCCAGGGGCUGUUUGAUUUUUGGAAAGGAAAAUGAAAAGAGGGUUUCGUUCAAUGAGAAAUGUAUAGGUCGGGAAUUUUAGAGACUCCUUAUGAUACCCACCACCCCAUUUCUCGG